GAUUGGCCAAGUCAGAAUAUGUUCCUUAACAAGUAUGCUAGUUUAGAAGUGAUGAAUUUUGAAAACAAAUGAGAAUCUUUGAAGAUUAACAUUUUUUGUGUAGCCUAAAUAAAUCAAAUCAAAUGUUGGCCGGACUUCGCUGGUAGGUCGCUGGAGCUGUUUUGUCCACAUGUUUUGGCCCCUUGUCCAUGGAGAGCCUGUGCACACCCCUGGUGAAGGCAGCAGGAGACCCUGUUUGUACCGAAACAGCUGACACUCUCCAGCUCCACCUUCUGAUAAGUCCUGACAGCUGUGAGUGGAGACAUGGAGUUGGGGGUGAGUGAGUGACUAUUUUUAUCAUCCAUUCACUCAGACCACUGACACAGACUCCCAGUCUUUCUUUCUCUAUCAGCUCUUUCCAGAAGCGCUUUGCUCCUCCUCUGGAGAAACUUCUGGAAUAAAACUGUUUUAUAGACCAGGCAAAUUUGUCAUUGUGAUCCAGAAAUUCAAGGAGGGGCAGAGUGAGUGCACCGGAGGGGAAAGAAGCUCCAAAGAUGUCUCUGCUGUGCUACAAUAAAGGCUGUGGUCAGAAGUUCCACGCUGACCAGAACAAUGACGAUUCCUGUGUCUUCCAUUCAGGAGUUCCCAUUUUUCACGAUGCUCUGAAGGGCUGGUCCUGCUGCAAGAAAAGAACAACAGACUUCUCAGAGUUUCUCUCCAUCCAGGGCUGCACUCGUGGGCGACACAGCAAUGAGAAGCCUCAGGAGCCGCUGAGACCAGAGGUGAUGUCAGACAAAAGUGACGUCAAGCAAAGCAACAGCAAAGAAAUUAUCUACCAGGGACCGAAGUCUGCAGAGAAGAUGCAGAAGGAGCGACCCAGUUCAAAGGAAGUAAAGGUCACACUGCCACAGAAUGUGUCGGCGUCUCUGUCUCAGGCUCUGCAGAAGCUGGAGAUCAGCCUUAAAGCAGAGGAGAAGGAGAAAGAGAGUCAGGGUGUGAUGCCUGGGACACGGUGCAAGAACUCUGGGUGCAAAACAAGCUAUGAAGGCCCAGAGACAGAUGCCGAGAUCUGUACUUACCACCCGGGCGCUCCUGUGUUCCAUGAAGGAUACAAAUUCUGGAGCUGCUGUUCAAUAAAGACCAUCGACUUCAAUGCUUUCCUGGACCAGAAAGGCUGCAGUACAGGGAAACACCGCUGGCUCCCUAAACAGGACAAGAAGAAAGUGGCCUGUCGACACGACUGGCAUCAAACUGGGAAUAAUGUUGUUGUGACCAUUUAUGCCAAGAACGCUAACCCGGAAUCUUCCCGAAUCGAGGCCAACAGCACCGUGCUUUCGUGUCAAAUCCAGUUCGAGAACGACAAGAUUUUCAAGAAAGACUUUCACCUGUGGGGGGUGGUCAACAUCAGACAGAGCUCUGUCAGCAUGGUCCCAUCCAAAGUAGAGGUUUCCCUGCGUAAGGCUGACCAGGUGUCCUGGGGGAAACUGGAGGAUCCAAACUACAAACCGGAGCCUGAGCCGGUGGAGAACACCUUUAUUGAAGCCAACGAGUCCCUCCAGACCAGCUGGGACAUUGAGGACGACGACAUCAGUGACUCGGACGAGGAGUGGGCCUACGACACGCCAGAAAACAAGGAGAACAAGAGUGAGGUGAAGAAAACCAGCAAUCCACAGAUUGACCAGAGGAAGGAGCUGGAGGAGGAGAUCAAAAAGGCCAUGGAGGAGAAGAGGAGGGCGGAGGAGGAGAAGAGGAAAAGGGAAGAGCAGAGGAUGCAGGAGGAAGAGGAAGGAUAUGAAGACAUGCCUGACCUGGAGUAACGUGUCAGUAACUGCUGUUGGAGAUCAGGAAGGUGCGUUUCGUUGGUAAUCAGUAACAACUUUUGACCACAUAAUGUGUGUGUGUUUUACUGUUAACUGUUAGUAAAACAUGACCUGCAUUAUUUAUGACUAAUCAUUUAAGACCCUAGUGCCUCCUCAAAAAAGCAAAUUGGACUAACGUGCUUAAAGGUGGUGGAAACUAUUAGAAAAUAAAAACAUUUACUGUAACAUGACAAAGCAA